UUUUUUUAUCGGUUCAGUUUGAAGGAUCUGGAAACAUAACCUUUUUGCUUACAAACUUAGAUAUCUUUUAAUUAAAUGGUUAUAUUCUGGUUUUAACUGAAUUGUGCACAAUAAUCCUAAUUUAAAUAUGCAUCCUGUAAACAUAUUAAUACGGAACGGUGUCUUCUUAAAUCCUAAACUUAAGUCUAGUUCAACGCAAAUAAUUCGUAACUUUUCCAGAGUUGCAUCAUUUAAUUGUAAGCUUCAGAUAUCUCAAAGUUACAGUGGAUUAAGUUUCGACAGUCGAUUAUGUGGUUCUAGUGCUAGUUUCCAGUUAUCACAGCGACAGAUUUAUGGUAGAAGGUUUUAUUCGUCCGAAAACAAGAAUGAUCCCCCGGAAGAAGAUUCUGCUAUAAAAGACGAGACUCCGUUGUUUUCGAGCCAGUUGCCAGCUACAGUCGCUGUUCCCGAAGUUUGGCCACAAGUGCCGGUUAUUGCUAUAAACAGAAAUCCAGUAUUUCCUAGGUUUAUUAAACUUAUUGAGAUAUCAAACCCUGCCCUUAUUGAUUUAGUAAGACGCAAGGUGAAACUCAAUCAACCAUACGUUGGUAUAUUCUUACGUAAGAAGGAGGAUGAGAAGUCAGAUGUUGUGUCCAAUGUGGAUGAUGUACAUCAUGUGGGAGUAUUUGCACAGAUACAUGAAAUGCAGGAUAUGGAUUAUAAGUUAAGACUGGUUGUGAUGGCUCAUAGGAGAAUACGAAUAACGGGACAAUUUAUUGAAGAAGAAAUUGAGACGGGACCUGCUGAAAUGAAGCUCAAGUUUCCUAUAUUUGAUGCGGAAAUUAAUGUUACCCGCGAAGAAUCAGAUGCUGAACGAAGACGGAGGAAGCACAGGAAUAAUAGACGGAAGAGUAACGACGCGGAAGGGGAGGAGAAAGUGGAGAAGAAGAAACCGAUCACAGAUCAAGUGCUGAUGGUGAAGGUGGAAAAUGUGAUGCAUGAUAAGUUCCAGCAGAAUGAAGAAGUGAAGGCUCUCACCCAAGAAGUUAUUAAAACUAUACGAGAUAUUAUUAAUUUGAAUCCUUUGUAUCGUGAGUCGCUGCACCACAUGUUGGCGCAAGGUCAGCGUGUGGUAGACAACCCGGUGUACCUGAGCGACCUGGGCGCGGCGCUGACGGGGGCCGAGCCUGCGGAGCUACAAGCGGUGUUGGAUGAGACCGAUAUUCCCAAACGACUGAUGAUGUCACUAUCCCUCCUAAAGAAGGAGUACGAACUGUCAAAGUUACAGCAGAAGAUCGGUAAAGAAGUAGAAGAGAAGGUGAAGCAGCAGCACAGGAAAUACAUUCUGCAUGAGCAGCUAAAGGUGAUAAAGAAGGAGCUGGGUUUAGAGAAGGAUGACAAGGAUGCUAUAGGUGACAAGUUCCGUGAGCGGCUAGGUGACAAGGUGGUGCCGGCCGCGGUGCAGACUGUCAUAGACGAGGAACUCAACAAGCUGGGCUUCCUCGAGAGUCAUAGCUCAGAGUUCAACGUGACUCGUUGCUAUCUGGACUGGCUGACGUCACUGCCUUGGGGCGUGACGUCAGAGGAGAACCUGAAGCUGGCAGACGCCCAGGUCAUCCUGGACGAGGACCACUACGGCAUGGAGGAUAUUAAGAAGAGAAUCCUGGAGUUUAUCGCUGUCUCGCAACUCAAAGGGACCACUCAGGGCAAGAUAUUGUGCUUCCAUGGUCCUCCAGGUGUCGGCAAGACUAGUAUUGCUCGUUCGAUCGCACGUGCGUUGAACCGUCAGUACUUCAGGUUCUCAGUAGGGGGUAUGACGGACGUGGCGGAGAUCAAGGGUCACCGGCGCACAUACGUGGGCGCGAUGCCAGGCAAACUGGUACAGUGCCUGAAAAAGACCGGCACUGAAAACCCAUUGGUGCUCAUCGAUGAGGUCGACAAGAUUGGCAAGGGCGUGCACGGGGACCCAUCUUCCGCGUUGCUGGAACUACUAGACCCGGAGCAGAAUGCCAACUUCCUAGACCAUUACCUAGAUGUGCCGGUGGACCUGUCGCGUGUCCUCUUCAUCUGCACCGCUAACGUCGUCGAGCACAUCCCAGAGCCGCUCAGAGACCGCAUGGAACUCAUUGACAUGUCCGGUUAUGUGGCGGAAGAGAAAAUGGCGAUAGCUCAGCAAUACUUAGUGCCGACUGCGCGUAAGAACUGCGGUCUCACUGAGCAGCAGCUAGAUUUACAGCCCGAAGCUCUCAGCAGCCUUAUUAAGUCCUACUGUCGGGAAAGCGGCGUCAGGAACCUACAGAAGCAUAUCGAGAAGAUAGCCCGUAAAGUGGCGUACAAGAUAGUGCGUGGUGAGGCGGAGGCUGAGAGGGUGGUGGUAGACGAGGCUGCGCUGCCGGGGCUGGUGGGCAAGCCGACCUUCAAACAUGACCGCAUGUAUGACAUCACCCCUCCCGGCGUUGUUAUGGGUCUCGCCUGGACCGCCAUGGGCGGUAGCACGCUGUACAUAGAGACGGCACUCCGCAACACGCAGCAGGAGGAGAAGCCGCUGGGGUCGCUGGAGCUGACGGGCCACCUCGGUGACGUCAUGAAGGAGUCCGCCCGCAUCGCGCUCACCGUCGCACGCAACUUCCUCGCGCUGCGCCAUCCUGCCAACACCUUCCUCAACAACAGUCACUUGCACUUACACGUGCCUGAAGGUGCGACCCCCAAAGACGGUCCAUCAGCGGGCUGCACCAUCACCACAGCGCUGCUCUCGCUGGCGCUGCGGCGGCCGGCGCGCGCGCAGCUCGCCAUGACCGGAGAGAUUUCGCUCACGGGGCGAAUACUGCCCGUCGGCGGUAUCAAGGAGAAGAUUAUUGCGGCGAAACGAGUGGGGGUGACGUGCGUGGUCCUCCCUGAGGAAAAUCGGCGAGACUUCGACGACCUCCCCGCCUUCAUCAGAGAAAACAUCGACGUGCACUUCGUGUCUCACUACGAGGAUGUCUACAACAUCGCUUUCGAACAGGAUUCACCGAGAGUUGAACAAGACACACAGGAUGAUAAGAACAUUCUGUACGGUGUAAGAAGUAGCGAAGAAUAAAGGAAACAAAGUUAUGUUUGAAGUACUAUUUUUGUUUUAAUUAAAUAAAAGAAAAUGUU